AUGAUUCAAUUAAAAACAUUUGGCGAAAUUCGUAUUGAAAAUAUGAUAGAUUUGAUGCGCAAAAUAUUAAUCGAACAGCAUAAUUCGAAAGUUAAAUCAAAUAGAGAAAUAUUGAAAAUUUUAAUCAUUUCUAUAUGUUUUUUUGGAGUUCAGCAGCUCGCAUUCCGUUGUGAUGAUGAAUCACCUAAUUCAGUAAAUAGAGGAAAUUAUAUUGAAUUAAUUUAUUUGCUCGCGGAAGAAAAUUUGCUAUUAAAACAUCAUUUAGAAAAUAGUACAACUUUUAUUGGACUAUCAAGUGAUAUCCAAAAUGAUUUAAUUUAUUCCAUUUCACAUGUCUUACACCAAAAAAUAUUAGAUGAAUUGGAAGAAACGGAAUUUAUAACAAUAAUAUUAGAUGAAACAAUUGAUAUAAAUAAUAAAUCCCAACUGGCUGUAGUUCUUCGAUAUGUUUUAAAUAACGGGACAUUAUGUGAAAGAUUUAUUGAAUUCUUUGAUGUUACAAUGCAUCGUGAUGCUAAUUCUUUAUCAAAAUUUGUCAUUAAAUUUUUGAAUGAUAAGAAAAUUAUGAAAAAAUUGAUAGGUCAAAGUUACGAUGGCGCAGCUGUUAUGUCAGGUGAUUCACAUGGAUUGCAAGCAAAAAUUAGAGACGUCAAUCCUUCUGCACUUUAUAUUCAUUGUUUUGCCCACAAGUUAAAUCUUAUAUUAUCAAAAUCUUGCAGCAAAUUUAAAGAAUGUAAGGUUUUUUUUGCAACUUUAUCUUGUUUAGCCAGUUUUUUUAGUACAUCAUCUAAGCGUACAGCAGAAUUUGAUAAAUAUGUUAAAAAAAGAUUACCACGAGUAGCCCCAACAAGAUGGGAAUACAAUGAUCGGCUGGUUCAAACAGUUUUCAAUUAUUUGAAGGAUCUAGUCGUUUUUUUUGAAAGUAUGAUUGAUGAAGAAUCUGAUAUUGUUUGGGAUAAUGAUGUUCUAAUAACAUCUCGUGGCUAUUUAAAUAUAUUAAAUGAUGCAAAUUUUCUAAUUUUGUUAUAUUUUCUUCAAGAAGUUUUUCCAGAAUCUGAUUUAUUAUUUGAUAUACUUCAAACUAAAAUUAACGAUGUAUCAUAUUGUCUUAAAAGUAUUAACGAUUUCAGAAAUUCAGUUUAA